AUGUUCGCCCCAGCACGACGGCGGUGCGCCCAAAGCUUCGCAAAGGCCUCGAGCCAGAGCAGCGACUCAAUACCGACUUUCCUGCUGCCCGUAUUUUCCAGGCCCGCGCCGACCAGGACCUUUACCUCGACGGCAUCAUGUCAAUCCAAGAUCGGGUCUUUACCGCUCUCCAUACCCCAGGGAGUCACGUUCCAGGUGGUCGCGCCUUCCGCUAAGGCGAGAAGUGCGAGAGUGCAGGCCAUGUCUACAGUACACAUCAAGGGACCAUUGGGCGAGCUUUCAAUGGCUAUCCCGCCAUACGUCAAUAUCAACCAGGACCCGGCAUUGGGCGGGCCGACGUUGACAAUCGAAGACGGGAAAGAUGCGAAACAAAAGGCAAUGUGGGGCACCACCCGCGCAUACCUCCAGAACCACAUCCUCGGUGUCAGCGAAGGACACAGUGCGAUUCUACGCUUCAACGGUGUCGGUUACCGUGCCUCGGUCGAAGACAGCGCGACUACCGUAAAGUCCGAAUUCCCCGGCCAGAAGUUCGUCAACUUGAAGGUCGGAUACACACAUCCAGUCGAACUGGCCAUACCAAAGGGCGUCACCGCGAGCACACCGCAGCCGACACGUUUACUGUUGGAGGGACCGGAGAAGGAGGUGGUCAUGCAGUUCGCAGCCAAGAUCAGGAGUUGGAGGGUACCAGAGCCGUACAAGGGCAAGGGUAUUUUCGUCAACGGAGAGACUAUCAAGCUCAAGAACAAGAGAGUGGGCGGCAAGUGA